AUCAAAAUCCCAUUGACCAACUUCCCCCUUACUGCCAAUCAACCACUAUCACAAAAGAGGUUACCAAUCAAGUGCUAUUCAUCAAAAUUCACGAGGUGCUUUGAUUGGUCAAAGCGCUCCCAGUACCACGUCUUUCCGAUAUCAUAGAUUUUCCCUAAUUAAAAUCAUUUAAGAGUUCUUGACAAUAUAAUGCAAAAAUUUUCUGUUGAGAAUGCCAUAUUAGGGUUUAAUGGGAUGGGAAUCGUCCAUCACUUCUUCAAUCCAUGCUUGCUAGAGUUAAUUUAAAAUGCUUUUGGUACUUGUCUAGAAGGCUACAGGCAUCACUUUUAUCAUAUGUAAAAUGGUCCCAAGUUGAAGUUACCAUCUAUAGUGCCUUUGUACUACUCUUGAGAUGUUUACCCAAGCAAUUACACUCUUGUAUUAACAUGGUAAUAUAAUCCUUGCAAAAAUAAAAUACAAAAUACAGGAAAGAGAUUAGGUGGGUGAAAGGAAGGUAAGCUCAACUUAUUUAUUAAGGCAAUGGAAUCUCAGUAAUUAAUAAAACUGACAGAAAGGAAAUGGAGAUAAAGGACAAUUGGCCCAUUUAUUUGACAGGUGUCAAUUUAUGCGACAUGGUUGCAAAUACACCAUAUCUUUUUCUUUUUCCUUUUCUUUAUCUUGGAACAUGCUUCAUGGAAUUCGUCCAUCUCUUUCUUAAAUUUGCUGACUUCUGCAGCAAGUGUAUUCUCUAGGGAAAAAAAUGUUUCUAGCUUGAAAUCACUGCACAAAUUUGUUUCAAUUCAGUUGCAAAUUCAGAGGAGCUAGAUUCAACAGUGCUGUGGUAUUAUCAUCCUUCUCUUGUAUAAACCCUAGAGAAUCAGACCUCGAUUUGCUGCAGGCCAUCAAACUUUCUUCCACUUAAUUUUCUUGUUGAUUCAGUUGUGGUUGCUCAUGAUGAAGAGAGGAAUAAAAUGAUCACAAGUUCAAGAGAGAAAGAUUUUCAAGCAAAGCAGGAAGACAACACCAACUAUGGCAAGGUCACCAUGGCCUCAUCCUCUUCAAGAUCAUGGUCAUCAGCACUGAAGGAUCCACGGAUUGUUCGAGUCUCGCGUUCUUUUGGAGGAAAAGACAGGCAUAGCAAAGUGUGUACCAUAAGAGGAUUGAGAGACAGGCGUGUUAGGCUUUCAGUGCCUACUGCUAUUCAAUUGUAUGACCUUCAGGACAGGCUUGGGCUUAAUCAACCCAGCAAGGUAGUCGACUGGUUGCUUAAUGCUGCUAAAGAUGAAAUUGAUGAACUUCCUCCACUCCAAAUUCCACCAAACUUUUGUCAAUAUCCUCAGUCUUUGGUGGUUCCUCAUGAAGUAAGUGCAUCUCAAUCCUCUCUUGCUUCCCUUGUUGAUGCAAACUCGGAGUAUCUAAAGGAUGGUGGAGCUCACUCAUUAUUGCUUGCUAAGGGAGGGUUUAAGAUCACUAACAAUGUUGAUGGGGAAGAUCAAACGCUGUCACCCAGGUCAACAUAUUGGAACCCAAGUGCUCCUUCUAGGGCUAAAUGUAAGGAAGUUGCACGAGAAACAGUACCCACUGAGAAACCCUACUGGAUGAAAAGAAAUGGACAAGAAAAUCAAGAAGGAGGUCUUGAAGGUCAGAGUGCACAAUUGUCAUCUCAUAACUCUUUUCCUAGAGUCAAUAAUAAUCAUGUCUCCUUACCAGGGUUCCUAAACAAUGCAAUGCCAUGCAAUUCCUAUUAUCAUUUGGAGCCUUCAAAUUUAUCUCUGUCUCAUAUAGGGAGCCAAGGGCACUCAUCAGAAGAUCCCCUUAGCUACAAUUUUAUAUCAUUGUCAUCAUCCUCAUUGUCACUACCAACUGGGUCUCAACUAUUGGUGUGCCCAUCUGGAUCAACACCAUCUUUUCUUCCUCCAUUAAUCACUGCUUCAAUGGAGUGCGGUCCUAGCAGACAAGUCAACCACUUUCAGAUGUUGAGCCCUAGUUCACAAAACCAACUACCAAAUUCUCUUGCACAAUCCGCUUACUCAUCAACAGGUCCACCCGUUAGACCCUUCCAAUUGAGCAUAAACCCUAAGUUUCUUCAUUCUCAGAACAAUAAUGGGAGCCAGCAACCAAAUAAUAAGGACAACAGUGGCCCUUGAAGCAUCCAAUGCUAGCUAGCAUAUAUAACAAUAUUACCUGCUCAAGUGUUUAGUUCCUGUAUCAAACCAAGAAUAACUACUGCAAGCUUUAUAUAUAUACUGAUCAUGCAGAAUGCUUUCAAGGAAGGGUAUUUGCUCAGGUUAUAUAUAUAUUCUCUGCAUUGGUGUAAGUAUUCUUUAAAUCCUGGCCGAUUGAAGAAGCAAAGAUAUAUACUGUCAGAUAUGUAUUUUCUACAUUGUUAUCCUUCUAUAUAUACUGUCAUCAAAUUUAUCCAGGUUGCUUGCUUCAUUCUGCAGCUGGGAACAGAAUAGAUAAGUAAUAAACCGUGCAGCUAGCACAUACCUCGUACCAGUAGGAUUGAAGCAACAUAUAUAAAUUGUUUGAUGAUAUUUGGAUAAAAGUAAUAAAGAUGGCGACAUCUAUCUGUUGUAAUAUGCAGACUUGAGUUUGAACAUCAUUGUGGCUAUAAUACAUUAUAUAUGUUCUCUGUUGGGUUUGAAUCAUUGUGUCAAAAAUGCAGUCAGCUGGUAAGCUGACCAUCUCUCUCUCUCUCUCUCUCUCUCUCUCUCUCUCCAUGCAUGCGUCGAUGCAAGCACGCAAAAGGCCUGUUGAUCCACUAAAGUAAUUUGGCCGGAAGAAUUUCCAAGGUUUUGUUUUCGCUAAGCGCUGAUGAUGAUGACCGACUUCUUCAAAACCCUGGAAGGUAGCGUCUAGUAGGCGACCGCAAUUUCUUUUUGCUCUGAAAUCUGUAUCAAUGUCGCGGCAUAAACAAAGAA